AUGGAUGCCUUGAUGAUUGUUCAUCAACUGCAGCGCCUCGCCGCCGAGCCCCGCCCUUCGGCGGCAGUUAGGGCGAAGAUCCCGCGCAUGGCACUGGGCAUCUGCUACUUCCUUGAACACCCAGACUGCGGCGUGCAGCACCAGGCUGCUGGGGCUCUGAGGUUGUUGCUGCAACAGCACAAGCAGCUGGUGCUGCAGGCCCCUGAACUGAAGGACAUGCUGACUGCCCUGCAGCAACACACCAACAGCGAUGAUGUGGUCGUUAGUGAAUGUUGCGCUGCCUCGUUGGCGCUGCUUCAGGAGGAUGAGAAAGACGAGCAGCAUCGGGAACGCCAGCACCAGCAGACGGGAGCUGACGCGCACGUCGAGCCGCUCGAGUCCCUUGACCUCUUUUCCGUGGUAUUAGGCCUCAGGGGUUUGCUGCGCUGUCCCACGAACCGUAGCCUCCUUAACUUCUCAAUGCAACAGCAACAGCAGCAGAACAGUCAGGGUUCGGAGCAAGAGCAGUACGAGCAGCAGGGACAGCGUGUGCUGGAGCUGCUGCAGCGCGAUCUUCAGCUGCGGCUUGUUCGGGUGUGGGGCGUCUCAAGCGCAACAGUAACUCUGAAUGCGUCAAGCUUGCUGCAACAGGCCGAAGCGCUUUCACCAGACAGUGCCGUGGAGAAGACGGGGGGGAAACAGAUGAAUGAAGAGGGCGACGGAGUGGCCGUAGUGAACAUCCGACUGUCCCGUAAAGCCCAACGGCUGCAGCAGCAGCUCAAAGAGCUGCGUGCUGCUAUGGGCCCCCUGACGCUGCUCCUGAACUCCGAAUUGCUGCAGAAGGCACCGAGGAAACAGGGUGAACGGGCCGCGGAAGAGUCUCGAGGUGCCAGUGCGCCUGGCGGAGACGGCACCAACAACAGCAGCAGCGGCCCAACAGUCUCCAAGCAGCAUCAGCAAGAUGAUGAUAACGGAUACUUGGAUGAAGAGCUUAGAGACAACUGGGGGGGCACAGAUGAUGAACAGAGCAAGCGCAACGCAUCUCCGGUGGGCAACACCGGCAGCGGCGGAUUCUCCUUCUUCAGCGCCAAUUCGGCUCUUUUUGGUGAGACCAGCACAAUUUUUUUGGGGCAUUUGAACUCUUGGUUGACAGGUGGGCCAAGCGCGUGA